UAAAAUAAAUGGCAUGGCGGUGUCCAGGAGACAUUGGUCUGCGGUGGCUUCGGUUCUCCGUUGGGGUUGGACGGCUCUGAGUGGGGGCUGCCCGUCCUUCACCUCCCAGAGGCCGUUUACCCUCGGCGUCCCGGCUUUAAUCCGGAUGCACGCGAUCCCCAAGCCGAGAGCGGUGGACCGAUGGACGGAGAAGAGGGCGAUGUUUGGCGUGUUCGAUAACGUGGGGAUCCUGGGCGGCUUCACCGUGCACCCCCGCGCCCUGAUCCGCGGCCCCGCCUGGCUCCGAGGCUUCAGGGGCAACGAGCUGCAGCGCUGCCUGAGAAAGAGACGCUUCGUGGGCGAGCGAAUGUUCGAGGCAGACCUUCACAACCUCAACAAGAGAAUCCGCUACCUCUACAAACGUUUCAAUCGAUACGGGAAAAUGCGCUAGACCGUCCCCAGAGGCCAGCACAGUCCCGGGGAAUAAACAAGAAGAAAACUCGUGAAAGCUUUUCUCAAUUUGGACUUUAAAGAGCUCCUUUAGCUGCAGAGUUCUCAAACCUGGACACAUUUCCCUAAAUAAAUGCAAGUUGCUAUACA